CAUAAAAACUCCACCGACUCUUGACCUGAGGCCCGAAGUCCUCUUUUGAGAUGCGCAUCCUCAAUUUACAAACCCCAUUUCUUCGCGCUAGUCAAAUUCUAACCCGAAAGCUACAUCUUCUAGCAUCAUCUAAUCAAUUACCCACUUGCUAUAAAGCCCCCCAAAUCCUCACUCCUCUCUCAAACUCAAGAUCUCUCAAGGUCGCAGCAUCAGCGGAAAUGGUGAAGGCUAUCAGAGUCCACGAGCUUGGUGGCCCUGAGGUUUUGAAGUGGGAGGAUGUGGAGAUAGGGGAGCCCAAGGAGGGAGAGAUUAGAGUGAAGAACAAAGCUAUUGGUGUUAAUUUCAUCGAUGUUUAUUUCAGGCAAGGAGUGUAUCAAGCUGAGGUCCCCUUUACUCCUGGUAUGGAAGCAGUUGGAGUUGUGACCUCUGUGGGCCCCGGUUUGACUGGCAGGGAGGUAGGAGAUGUAGUCGCUUAUGCGGGCAGACCGAUGGGUUCCUACUCAGAGGAACAAAUUCUUCCAGCUAGUGUUGUGGUGCUUGUUCCACCUUCAGUUGAUUACAAGACUGCUGCAUCAAUCAUGCUUAAGGGCAUGACCGCUCAUUAUCUAGUACGCCGUUGCUUCAAGGUUGAACCUGGGCACACCAUUCUAGUUCAUGCUGCUGCAGGUGGUGUCGGAUCGUUGCUUUGCCAGUGGGCAAAUUCUCUUGGAGCCACUGUCAUCGGAACUGUAUCAACUGAAGAGAAAGCAGCUCAAGCAAGGGAAGAUGGAUGUCAACAUGUCAUUAUCUACUCUAAGGAAGACUUUGUCACCAGGGUUAACGAGAUAACCUCAGGAAAAGGAGUCAAUGUCGUCUAUGAUUCUGUUGGAAAAGAUACCUACCAGGGAUCAAUAUCCUGUUUGGCUCUAAGAGGAUACAUGGUGUGCUUCGGGCAAUCAUCAGGGAAACCCGAUCCUAUUUCUUUAGCUGAUCUCGCUCCAAAAUCCCUCUUCUUGACUCGCCCUUCUAUGAUGCAUUACACUUCAAGUCGUGACGAGCUUCUAGAAGCUGCAGGUGAGGUCUUUGCUAAUGUUGCAUCUGGAGUUCUUCGUGUUCGUGUCAACCACACUUACCCCCUGUCUGAAGCAGCGAGAGUUCAUGCUGAUCUUGAAGCAAGAAAGACCUCUGGUUCCAUCGUGUUGAUCCCUGACAACGAUCUGAGAGUCUGAGAACUUAAAACUGUGUAGUUUGUGACAUGCAGUGAAUAAUAAGAGGUCAUCAUGCCCGCUUGUGUUAUGAUACGUAGUUUAAAGUCUGUGUCUUUGUGUAAUAAGAUCUUAACAUGGACUUUUGGCUGAUUAAUUCUCCAAUGUGGACUGCAUUUAUAGAGAAGUUCAGUUGUUUUC